ACCAAUGCGCUUCUUGCACGCAAGCUCACCGCAUUUCAGGCCCUUGGACUUGGAUUCACGCAGCCUGGCGAAAUUUGGGGGCGCACAGCUGAUCGCAGGCAUGCUCAGUGUUCCGGACCUUGAGGGGAAAGUGAAGUCUGGGGAGAUUGACACCGUGAUCGUGGGGAUGACUGACAUGUAUGGUCGCAUGGUCGGUAAGAGGUAUGAUGCAGAGUUCUUUCUGGAGUUCGCUGUGAAGGAGGGCACGCACGCCUGCUCCUACUUGCUGGCGACAGACAUGGACAUGGAGACAGUGCCCGGAUACAAGAUUGCAAAUUGGGCAACAGGGUAUGGGGACGACCACCUCCAGCCCGAUCUUCGGACGCUUCGGACGUGUAGCUGGCUGGAGAAGACGGCGCUUGUCCUGUGUGACGUCCAGACUGAGAGCCACGAGCUAGCAGGCCACGCUCCAAGGUCCAUUCUGCAGCGCCAGGUUGCGGAAGCCAAGAAGCUGGACUGUCAGCCCAUGGCGGCGACAGAAGUUGAGUACUACCUCUAUCAAGACUCGUUUGAGGAUGCCUACAAGAAGCGGUAUGCCGGCUUGAGUGCUGUGGGGUGGCAUCGAGAGGACUACCACAUUCUGCAGGGCACCCGCGAGGAGUUCUUCAACGGUACCGCGCGGCGCCACCUGGCGGCGUCCGGCGUGCCGGUGGAGAACAGCAAGGGCGAGUUCGGGCUCGGGCAGCACGAGCUGAACGUUAAGUACUCUGAUGCGCUCGAUAUGGCGGACCGCCACGUGGUGUACAAGCAGUGCCUGAAGGAAGUCGCGGAGAGCAUGGGCGUCAGCGUGACGUUCAUGGCGAAGCCGCACGUGGACCAGGCCGGGUCGUCGUGCCACGUGCACAUGAGCCUGUGGCGGGACGGCAAGAACGCGUUCGUUGGGGACAAGCAGCUCGGGCCCAUCAGCAACUGCAGCGACGAGUUCAAAUGGUUCCUGGGCGGCUGGAUGAAGUACACGCCGGAGCUGAUGGUCUUCUAUGCGCCCACCGUCAACAGCUACAAGCGCUUCCAGUCUGGCUCGUGGGCGCCCACCAAGAUUGCGUGGAGCAAAGAUAACCGAACGGCGCCGUUCCGGAUCGUCGGGUCGGGAAAGGGCCUGCGGAUAGAGUGCCGCCUGCCCGGGGCCGACUGUAACCCUUACCUCGGUUUGGCGGCCGGGUUAGCGUCGGGUUUGGAAGGGAUACGGAGCAAGAUCGAACCGCCGCCCCCGAUUACGGGUGACGUGUACACGUCGGAGAGUGAGCUCUUGUCCAUACCGCAGACGUUGAGAGAAGCAAUAGACGUGUUUGCGAAGAGCGAGUUUGCGGGCAAGAUGCUGACGGAGACGGUGCGGGAGCACUACGCGCACUUUUACCGGACAGAGCAGCGGGCGUUUGACAGGGCGGUGACCGACUGGGAAAAGAUUAGGUACUUCGAACAGAUUUAGUGGGAGCUGCGAUGCAAUUCGGCUGAUACAUAACGUCUUCCUUAAGUUGCAUGAGCCGCAGGUAGCUUCGACCUUACUGCAGCCGGGAUACUUUCUUUCUCAGCCGGCCUUCGUCGCUUCAUAUACACAGGUGCCUUACCAGACAAACAGACAGGUGGCAGGUUUUGAAGAAGGUCACAAGUUCAUGAGCAGCAAAUACAUACUGUAC